AUGGUUCCAGAAGCUACACGACAUUUGAUGAACAACAACAGGAAUGUUGAUGAAUUCCAACAAAUGUUUAUCAUUUCAGCUGCAAAAGCUAAUAUUGGCUCAAUGCGUGCGUUCCGAUUUUUCAGAGAGAUUGUAGGCGAUUAUAAAUCAGUUGGAUGUACCGGCAACGACUUCAAGAACUUUGUAAGGGACCUGAAGUUUUUUCAUGAGGUAGAUGAUGAAAAAAAAUUGUGUCGCAUUAUUUGGGCGGAUGACGUAUCUGUUAAAAACUACAAGUUGUUUGGCGAGGCUGUUUCAUUCGAUGCUACUUAUAACACCAACAGAUACAAUUUUAUAUUCACUCAUUUCACUGGUAAAGAUAACGACGGUAGGUGCAUUUCUUUCGCUGUGGCAUUAUUUAAUCAUGAAGAUUCAGAGUCUUAUACAUGGGUAUUGGAAAAGUUUGAGUUAGUAAUGGGAAAUGCACCUCGUAUUGUUAUCACUGAUCAAGACCCUGGUCUUAAGAAAGUUGUCGCAUCAACUUGGAAAGAAACACGUCACAGGUUUUGUAUGUGGCACAUAAACAUUAAAGUUGCUGAAAAGGUGCCACAGAGGUUGAGGGAUGAUACUGAUUUUAAGUUAGCUUAUGAUAGGGUUGUGUGGAAUGAUAAUGAUGAACCACAAGUUUUUGAGGAAAACUGGAAUAACCCGAUGGAAGAAUACGAUCUUACAUCAACCAAAUGGUUCUCUGACAUGUAUCAAGAUCGUUCAAUGUGGAUACCCGCGUAUUUCAGAGAUGUACACAUGAGUGGUCUAUUUCGAACUACUUCAAUGUCCGAGAGCGAGAAUAGCUAUUUCAAACGCUUUCUCAACAAGAAUUCUGAUCUUGUGUUACUGUAUACUAACUUUUGCAGUGGUCUUGACGCACAGAGAUAUAAUUACAACGAGGUAACCCAUGCAUAG